AUGACCGGUGGCGCAUUCGACUACCGCUCCGGCUCGUAUUCAGCACCAGGGCAAGACGAGCAGCGCUCCGCCUCCUCAAAGCCUUCACAACAGACUAUGAAGCGCUCUGCCUCGGGCCCCGAGCUUGUCCAAGAGCGAUCCAUGGACGUCGAUCUCAUCAUGGCACGCCAGCCGUCUCGCCAGCAGCAUCCAGGCAAUGGUUCCGGCGACGUUGGCAAGCCGGACGAUAGCAUCGCCUCGGUCGCAGGCGGCAGCAACGGCAGCCCUGCCCCUCGGCGCCAGACACCCUCAAAGCGGCCCCGCCUCUCCUCACCGCACGGGGCGGGUGCUGGCCCCGCCGCGAACAGCGCAACAGAUGAAAACACGAGCAAGAAGAGGGCGCCCAAGAAGGCCGUCAGCUGCGAGGCGUGUCGGAGGCGCAAGCUCAAGUGCGACCGGGGCUGGCCCUGCGGAGCGUGCCAGGAUCGUAACGAAUCGAGCCUCUGCGAGUGGGCAGACGGCGUGCAGCCGCAGUAUUCUGGACGCGAUGCCGUCGUCGCGGGCGCCGUGUCGGACCGACUGGAUCGGCUCGAGGCAAUGAUGGGAUCCAUUGCCAACCACCUCGGCGUCUCGCUCCCGGGCCAAGGGGCCUCGCGGGAGAGGACGGGCCCCGAGGAGGACGGUCCGCCUUCGCUGGCGGCUGCCGCAGCGGCUGGCGAUGGAAGCAGCCACCGAGGUACUCUUGCCGGCUCCGCCCGGCCAGCCUCGGACGCGCCGGCCGGCAACGCCGUCGACCGCGGCAGCACCGGCAAGCAGUUCGAGAGCAUCUAUAUGGUCGACAUGCCAGGCAUUGCGCUGGACAACGUCGAGGGCAACGCCGCUGCAACCCUUUCCAAGCUCGUCCCCUUGCUGCCAGACGCUGCCAUGGUGCGGGCGCUCUGCAAAAACUACGUCAACGACCUCGGCACGACGCUCUACGUCAUCGACGAGACCGAUCUCAUGAGACAGCUAAGACGUUUCGAGGCGUUUCGAGCUCGCUGGAACGACGGCGACCGCUCAUUCCCCCACACGAAGCUGCGAGAGGAGGUCCGCUUCCUCGCGCUGCUGUUUGCCUUGUGCGCCGCGAUCACCAUCUUUGGGGAAUCGCCAGAGUCCGCGGCGCUUGAGGCGCGGUACGGCGGCGCUCCUUACACGGUCAUGAUUCCGGCGACGCAGCAUGCGCUCGGCGCCGCCGAGAUCUACGAGCACCUCGACAUCAUCAACGUACGCACAAUGCUCGUCACGCACAUGGCCAUCACCACGCUCAAGGGUCCCAAGCUCGGCCGCGUCGCGGCGACCAAGACGUUUGCGCUGGCGUCGCUCAUGAACCUCGAUACCGAGCCCCCGACCGACUUGCCCGAGGCCGUGCGCAAGGACCGCAUCCUGCUCUUUGCCACCCUCUGCACCGCGGACUGGAUGCCGUGUGGAACUUCGAAGCGGUUGUGCUUCUUCGACGAGAGCUACCUCGAGUAUCCGAGCCUCUUCGACGCCACGCUCGAUCGCAACAACUACAUGCGACCCGAGCCCAAGACCAUGCUCGCGAUCGCCCGACUCUCGCUGCGCGCCUCGUCGCGCGUGCUGAUGCAGGAGGAUGCGGCGUACAGGUACACCGAGACGCUUCAGAGCGAGCUCCACGCGAUCGAAGCGGGGCUGCCACCGCGCCUGCGGUACGAAGGGCCCCAUACGCUCGGGCCCGUCGAGGACCCAGAGGUCAACUUCCGCUUGUGGUCCGCGCUCAUGGUGCAGCGCACGCUGAUGACCCUGCACAAGCACUUCUACAUCCAGAGCUGGACCCAGCCGCGUUACAAGAGGUCGCGCAGCAUCUGCUUCGCCGCAGCCUCGGCCACGGUCCGGCUCUGCCGCGAUGCCUUUUUCUGGUUCCACCCUCGAGACGACUCGACGCCCGAAGAGCGGCAGGCGCUCAUCCUCGAAGGGCUCAAGAAGCGCCACUCGUCGGUGUCCAAGGUGUGGCACGUCGUCCAGAUGGCGCUGAUCUCGUCGCUGGUGCUGGUCCACUGCCUGUCGAUGCUCGAGCUGCAUCCGGAGGAGAGCGCCGGAUGGCAUCUGCCCACGCUCCGCGCCGACGUCUCGGACGAUCUCAAAUUCAUGCGGACGGUGGUGCAGGCGCUGUCCCCCAAGCUCGAGAGCCUCAAGGAGAGCAUGAAGGCGCUCGAUCCGCUGACUUCGCUGGACAAGACAAGCAAGAUAUUGAGCUCAGACCGACCCCGCCUCGAGCCUCCGGGGGCCGCGUCGCCGCUGUCGACGCCCUCUGCGAGGGCAAGCCGUGGGACUCCGUCGCAUGUCCCGUUGCCAGGUCUCCGGUCUCGGGCAGACGAUGGGCACGGCCCUUCGCCGCCCAACGGUUCGAUGCCACAAGGAUUCGAGGAACGAUCGAGGCGAAGACCACCGCCGCACAAUGUGGCGUUCGCGUCCUCGGUCAAGAACUUUGACGAUCUCGAGGCGCUCUGGAACAAGCAGCCCUGGUCGACGACAUGGUCUGAUCAGCGAGCGGCGGCGGCGUCGUCGUCGUCGUCGUCGGCAGCACCACUUUCCAGACCUCGCACCGAAGCCACGAUCUCGAACGCAAGCUCACCAUCGGCGUCGUCCGUCGGUCGACACACGGCAGCCACGCCGCCGACGUCUACGAUGCCGCCGCCAUCGACGCGGAGCCCGCACCCUUCGUUCGGACCAGGCUCACACCUCCUCAACGAUGCGCCGACCGGCUUCUCGCCAUCGCCAGGGCCGUCGACGCGACCCGAGACGGGCCCGCCACCCUUACCGCGGCCGGGUCCGCAGCUGGCACCGAUCCAAUCGCCGCCGAUGUGGGGACCAGCACCGCCGCUGCCUCCAGCUCCCGCCCUGCCUCCGACAAGCGGCAUGGCGCUGUAUCCAGGCACAUAUGCCGCGCCGCUCCCGCACGCGCCUCAGUCGUUUGCCACGGGCAACCCGUCAACGUCGGCCUCGUCGACGCUGACCGACUGGACCGACGUCGACGGCGUGGAAGGAGCGGCGGCAGACGGGAGCGGGGGCGGCGGCGAGACGGCAUCGUGGCUGAACGAUGUGGCCAAGCUCGAGUUUUCAAAGGCCGACACGACGUUCCUCGAGCACCUCGUGCCGUACAACCCGCUCACCAACAUGCUCGUCGAGAGCCUCGACGGGUUCGUGCAGAACCUUGAUCAGCAGACUUCGAUGUUGUCGUCGUCGGGAGCGGCGCAGGGACGCGCGGCGCACGAGGAGCAGCAGCGCGUCCUGUCCGGCCACAAUACCCUCCUCUCGAUGGCCGAGGCCAUGCGCAUGGACAGCUACAUGUGA